UUAAGUCCACCUGCAGGACAGCUGUGCCGGCUGCCACGUCUCUGCUGCUGUGGACGCGCCAAGGAGAGGACGCACACAUUGCGCAUCCACGCACAGUCUGCUCGGAUCCACACCUCACGUGUGUCCCCCCCCUCCUGACCGAUCUAUCUGGAGGAAAGUUCUGUCGUCCCUCUUUCUUUUUUUUUUAUGUUGUGUUUUUUUGUGUUGCUCCUUCACCCACACCUCCCUUCUCCCCCGCGGGGGGAGGCACAUUGUCUGUGGCGCAGUGUCCGCUUUCAAGCAGAGCUGCACGGCGCACUCUCAAAGAGAAGCAAGGUAGCGGACGGAGGAGCUUCUGCGGAGAGACUAUAAUAUAACUGAGGAUAUUUCAUUCUUCUUCUUCUUCGUCACUCUACUUCUUCACGGACAAGACACGCAAGCGCGGAUCGCAACUAAAUGACCACCGCACCUGAAAGGAAGAACUUUUUUUCUCCUCCAUUUGAAAACGUGGACGUUAUCAGCACUGCUGUCUGAUUCCAAUCAAUGCAAGUCAUCAGAAUCAGGGACAGAAGACCCGUUCUUUUCAAACGGCGUGGUACACACGCAAAGGCUGUCCAGCAAGAAAGGUGUGUCUCUCUGAUGCUCUUGGCCCCCUGAGGCCUGAGGAGAAGUGAGUCAAACUCAGGCCAGCCAUGGGACGCCCUAUUAGCCAGCAUGCACUGCUGCUGCUGCAGUGCAUGCUGGUCCUGCGGCCCGGAGGCGUGGCCAGCAGGAGAGGGCCCGUGCUGCUCCCCGAGUCGCCGUGUCACAAGACCGAGCACCCCGUCAUCCCCCACUUGGGCAUGGAGCCGUGGAUGUUCCGGUUCAAGGCGGCGGGCACGGUGGAUUAUUCGCAGCUGACCUUCGACCCCGGCCAAAAUGAACUGAUUGUGGGUGCCAGAAAUCACCUCUUUCGGCUCAAUCUGGAGGAUUUGACACUGAUCCAGGAGGCUGAGUGGCACUGCGAUGAGUUCACCAAGGGAGCCUGCUUCAGCCGAGGAAAGUCUGAGGAGGAGUGCCAGAACUACAUUAGGGUGCUGUUGGUGAAUGGGAACAGGCUGUUUACAUGUGGGACCAAUGCCUUUACUCCCAUCUGCACCAACCGAACGCUGACAAAUCUGACUGAGAUCCACGAUCAGUUCAGCGGAAUGGCUCGGUGUCCUUACAAUCCCCUUCACAACUCCACCGCUCUCAUCACGUCCAGCGGGGAGCUUUACGCAGCCACGGCCAUGGACUUCUCCGGGCGAGACCCCGCCAUCUACCGCAGCCUGGGCGGCCUGCCACCUCUGCGCACGGCCCAGUACAACUCCAAGUGGCUUAACGAACCAAACUUUGUGUCAUCCUACGACAUCGGCAACUUCACCUACUUCUUCUUUCGGGAGUACGCUGUCGAGCACGACUGCGGUCGCACCGUCUUCUCCCGGGCAGGCCGCGUGUGCAAGAACGACAUCGGCGGACGCUUCCUGCUGGAGGACACGUGGACGACGUUCAUGAAGUCCAGGCUCAACUGUUCCAGACCGGGAGAAAUCCCCUUUUACUACAACGAGCUGCAGGGGACCUUCUACCUGCCCGAGCUGGAGCUGCUCUACGGCAUCUUCACUACCAAUGUAAACAGCAUUGCUGCUUCUGCUGUGUGUGCCUUCAAUCUCAGUGCCAUAUCGCAGGUCUUCAACGGACCCUUCAAGUACCAGGAGAACUCUCGCUCAGCCUGGCUGCCCUAUCCCAACCCCAACCCCGACUUUCAGUGCGGCACCGUCGACUCAGGCUCCUACGUCAACUUGACAGAGAGAAACCUGCAAGACGCCCAGAAGUUUUUACUGAUGCACGAGGUGGUCCAGCCCGUUGUUCCUGUGCCCUACUUCAUGGAGGACAGCGUCCGCUUCAGCCAUGUGGCCGUGGACGUGGUGCAGGGCAAAGACAUGCUCUUUCACAUCAUUUAUUUAGCUACUGAUUACGGCACCAUCAGAAAAGUGCUCUCCCCACUCAAUCAGUCCACAGGGAGCUGCCUUUUGGAAGAGAUCGAACUGUUCCCGCCCAGGAAGAGGCAGCCCAUCCGGAGCCUGCUGAUCCUGCACAGCCGAAGCGAGCUCUACGUGGGAGUACGAGACCAGGUCAUCAAGAUCCCCCUGAAGAGGUGUAGCUACCACAAGAGCAGAGAAGCAUGUGUCGGGGCCAGAGACCCUUACUGUGGUUGGGAUCUGCUACUGAAGAAGUGCACCACCUUAGAGGAGAGUGCCAGGAUGAGCCAAUGGGAGCAGAGCAUCACAAAGUGCCCUGUCCGUAAUGUGACAGUUGAUGGAGGUUUCGGGGCCUGGUCAGGGUGGUCCACCUGCAGCCAUAGCGACGGCGCCAGCGCAGGGUCUUGCUUGUGUCGGACGCGGGCCUGCGAUAGCCCCGCCCCUCAGUGUGGCGGUCAGAAGUGUCACGGGAUCGGUGUUGAAGUGGCAAACUGUUCCAGAAACGGAGCAUGGACUCCCUGGACUUCCUGGUCCCCAUGCAGCACCAGUUGCGGCAUUGGUUUCCAGGUGCGCCAGCGCUCCUGCAGCAACCCGACGCCCCGCCAUGGAGGACGUGUGUGUGUGGGCCAGAACCGCGAGGAGAGGUACUGCAAUGAACACCUGCCCUGCCCUCCACAUAUCUACUGGUCGGCUUGGUCGGCAUGGGAACGCUGCAACGUGCCUUGCGGCGGCGGCAUUCAGUCGCGCCGGAGAAUCUGUGAGAACGGCAACGACUGUCCCGGGUGUGGCCAGGAGUACCAGCCUUGCAACAGCCAGCCUUGUCCCGACCUGAAGAAGACGACCCCCUGGACCCCGUGGACGCCGGUCAAUAUAUCCGACAACGGCGGGCACUACGAGCAGCGAUUCCGUUACACCUGCAAGGCUCGUGUCCCAGACCCCGGAUUGCUGGAGGUGGGCCGGCAGAGGAUUGAGAUGCGCUACUGCUCUAGCGACGGCUCUACCGGCUGCUCCACUGACGGCGAGGUUCUUCAUCUGGGGAAGAUCUCCGGGCGCACCGUGAACGGCGGCUGGUCCUCGUGGUCUUCCUGGUCCCAGUGCAGCAGAGACUGCAGCCGCGGGAUCCGCAGCCGGAAGCGGACUUGCAGCAACCCGGAGCCCAAGUAUGGCGGGCACACCUGCCAGGGGUCGGCGCAGGAGUACCAGGAGUGCAACGUUACACCAUGCCCUGUGGAUGGCAGCUGGUCCUGUUGGUCUUCAUGGUCCAAGUGCUCUGUGACGUGCGGAGGAGGACACUACAUGAGGACUCGAACUUGCAGUAACCCCCCACCCGCUUACGGAGGUGACAUCUGCCUUGGCCUGCACACUGAGGAGGCACUUUGCAACACUCAAGCUUGUCCAGAGACCUGGUCCAGUUGGUCCCAGUGGUCCCAGUGCAACUCCAGGGGUGCCCAGUUGCGUGUCCGUCACUGUGAUGUCCUCUUUCCUACUGGGAAUCAGUGCUCGGGAAACAACAGCGAGAGCCGACCGUGCUCGCCUGACUCCAACCUUAUACCAGAAGUCUCCAUUGCACACUCCAGCCAGGAGGAGAGGCGCUGUGGAGACUUCAACCUCUUCCACAUGAUCGCCGUGGGUCUGAGCAGCUCCAUCCUGGGCUGCCUGAUCACCCUGCUGGUGUACUCGUACUGCCAGCGCUACCAGCAGCAGUCGCACGACGCCACCGUCAUCCACCCCAUCUCGGCCGCGCCGCUCAACACCAGCAUCACCAACCACAUCAACAAGCUGGACAAAUACGACACGGUGGAAGCCAUUAAGGCCUUCAACAAAAACAAUCUGAUUCUGGAGGAACGCAAGAAGUACUUCAGCACGCAGUUGGCGGGGAAAACGUACACCAACACAUACUUCAGCGACCUCAACACCUACGAUGACUAUUAGGCCCGAAUUCUGCCAAAAAAAGAACCUUUUUUUGUUCUGGUCCCAUGUUGACUGAAUCCUUCUUGUGUGUUUUGUAUCGAGAUUUGUGGCCGCCCUCGCUCUGGCACUCUUGGCAGUGAAAAACAGACAACUGACUGGUCGCCAUGCCAACAGAGGGAGGGGCCCACUCUCUCAGGUGCCUUGAGGUACACUCGGAAGGAAAGGUGUCUUACUAAGGAAUGGACAAGUGAGCUUCCCCUGACAGGAAGUUUGUGCUGUCCUGUGAUUUGCAUGACUCCGAUCCUUUUACAUAAUUCCAUUUGCAUGACGCCAUUCCAUCUUUUUCCUUUUUUGGGGGGUGUGUGGGAGGGGGGGACGAGCAGGAAUUAGGAUGUAGAUAUUUCAAGUCAGACACUUUUAUUCCCACUCAGCUAUGAAGGAAUUGCAGAAAAAAAACAUAAUAGUGUCGAGUGUUAAAAUGAUCCAGUGAUAAGUCAAAUGCAGUAUGCCUACUAACCAGCCUGCAUCGAUUCAGUCCAUUACACUACUUUUUUAUAUUUUUAUGUAAAAAAAAAAAAUGAAAAAAAAAAGAAUAUAAAAAAACACGAUAAUAGUGGUUGCUAUUUUUUGUCUUUGUAUUUGUGGGGGCAGGAUGUUGAUGAAAUGCAUUUAUUGUAGCAAAAAACACUUUUCCCAUGUGUACUGCAAGAUGGCGCUCAAGUCAUCGAUUGACGUCAAAAUAUUCGGUUAUUCGGUCGCGACUAACUCUUUUUACAUGUCCGCUUGUGUUACUGUGCAUAAAUUAAACGCUGCUUUCUACACAAUGCGCUUGUCGGAGUUCCU